GCUUCAACUACAGCUUCAACGACAGAGCUAUUCGACUUUGUAUGAGCAAGUUGCAGCCAAGUCGGUGAAAUUUUAACAUGCUGCUUGGUAAUAGCUUGCAGAGUCGUUUGGUAGAGCUAGACAAAAAUGGUAGGAUUAUCUCUUGCUUGAGUUGCUUAAGACAUGUAUAAAAAGGAGGUCAACGUUCGAUGCAGUCAGUCAGAUUCUUUAGAACCAGUUUCACCUUCCAGUCUUUUCGUAUAUCUAUCCCCCGUGCUUUCGAAAUCUUGAAGUAAGCAUCAAAUUCUUUCUACCACAGUCACGUUCAGCAUCAAACGAGAUGGUUCACGUGGCCCUUGCUGGAGCGACGCGCAAUUUCGGCCUCACACUCGUGAAGACCAUCGUCGAGACUGGAAAGCAUGAAGUCACCGUCAUCUCCCGGACACCACAGCCAGAGAUUUCCGCACUGGGCGUCCACGUCCACGCAGUCAACUACGACGACCAUGAAGCUCUCGUGAAGGCUCUGACCGGUGUCCAUACCGUUAUCAGCACCAUCGCCGCCUCCGGCGACGUCUUCCGCACCUCCCAACUCGCCCUCCUCGCCGCCGCCCAAGCCGCCCACGUUACCCGCUUCGCCCCCUCGGAGUUCGCCAUCUCCCAAUACGAAGGCUUCGACCUCUACGCGCCGAAGAUCCCCGUCUGGGAUGCUGUGAAAGCCUCCGGGCUGGAGUAUACGCGGUUCACGUGCGGGAUUUUCAUGAACGCCUUCGCGACGGGGACUCCGAAGGGGGAGGAAGUCGCGCUGGCGGGCUUGCGGGCGUGGAAUUUCGUGGUGAAUGUGCGGGCGGGGACAGCGGAUAUGCCGGGGCGGGGGGAGGAAAGGGUGACGUUUACGGAGAUUGGAGAUGUGUGUCGGUUUGUGGCGGGGGCGUUGGAGUUGGAGGGGUGGGAGGAGGAAAUGGGGAUGGUGGGGGAGACGACGACGUGGGGGGAGGUGGUGGGGAAGAUUGAGAAGGUGACGGGGCGGAAGGUGUUGGUGAAGAGGAAUUCGAUUGGGGAGAUGACGAAAUUGGCGGAGGAGCCGGCGGUGAGGUUCUAUAAUCAGGUGCGCAUUGGGAUUGCCGAGGGGAAGUUCGAGGUGGAGCCAACGCUUAAUAGGCUGGUUGACAGUGUUAGCCCGGUGUCGAUUGAAGAAUUUCUUGAGAAAUGGUGGAGUGGAGUUGAAUUGGGAGAGGCGAAAUGGGGGGAAGACAAGAUAUUCGCCUUGGUGUAGACGAAGGAGCCGUCCCAGCCAAGCUCGGAAUUGCCUAAGUCCUCUGUGGAAAAGUCAUUCCUCGAAUGGGUUCGACAUUUUGAUACACUUCCUCUUGACAUUUUCAAUCCUGUUACGUUCCACGUUCUCUAUUUCCUCCAAGUUAACAAAUAGCCAUACCCUAGCCAAAUGUCCACCCAUUUCUACACAACACAUUUCUUAGCUGCAUAC